AUGGGGCGGGCACAUAUAAUAUUUUUAAAAACAUUGACUUUUCACAAGGAUGAUCCUGAGCUUGAAGAUGAGAAUCUGCCUGGGGAAAAUGGUUUAUUGAGGAGGUCAGGGGACUUGUUGACUCACAAGAGACAACAAUGCAGUUUAGUUUCAAACAGCGGAAAGUGGCUACAGAUUGUUAAAAACGGUCCAAAAGGUUCUUUAUCUCGUGCCACUAGCUUGUUAUUCGAUAACAAGAUCCCAAGGCAUCUGGUGUCAUUGGACGAGAGUUAUCUCCGUCGUUGCCUCGACCUGAUUAAUAUCAGUGCCUUUAACUCAGCCAGCAGCAGCCUUUCUAUGAAUCUUGUAGGAUCAUCAUAUAAUAGCUUUGAUUCAACAGUGAUGAUGAUCCCCACAAAAGAAGAUGUUGCUCGUCUUGUGUUUGAUCUUCCGUUGGUUGAUGAUUCAGGCAGUAUAGUGAUUAGCCCAACCAUCACAGGUUGCAAGAGGCUUACUACUACACACAUGGUUGAUAAUAAACCUUUGUUAUUUGAUGGUGACGUUGAUGUUGUCUCUUUAUCAAGCACAAACUCAGUGAGUUCUUCUUCUUCUUCUGAUGAGCAGUCUUCUUCAUGUUGGUCUCCAUCUUCAACAGUUUCUCAAGGAACACUUCAGUUCACCAUGAAAGACAACAAGACACCUCAUUUUGUUUUCUCAUUGGACGAUCAGAAAGAGAUCAUCUAUGUAGCUAGCUUAAGAAGCACCAGCAGCUUUGGUUUCGACCGGAGUUCUCUAGACUAUUCGUAUUUGAUCCAUCUGAAGAAAGGCCACAGAUCUGAAUUGGUUGGUAAACUUAAGGUAUCAACUUCGUUUCCUGUCUCAUCCACGAAUGAAACAGUCGUAGAGAGACGGUUUGUUCUGUUCAGUAGUGGUGUCAAUCCGCAGUUACCAGCCCACAGCGAUAUCAAGAAAAGCAGAGGAUUGUCUAAGAAAGUGGCUGAUGCGCUCAAAAGCACCACACGCGCUUCAAGGCAAAGAAGUGUAUCAAGAUUCAGUAGAACAAGCUCAGUAGCGGAUUCUUGUUCUUGGGAGCCGUUUCAAGAACCAGAUCUUGAAGAACCCGUGAGUUUACUAGAUGACAACCUUCCACCAAAUCUUGAAACGUUAGCUGUUGUUGUGAGGGAACAGUACGAGGAAGAGAAAGUUGGAGGAGGCUGGGGGAUGAAGUUUCUCAAGAAAACUCCCUUGGCUCGAACCAAGCAUGAUAAGCAUUCAGCGAGAAUAGACGUUGUGAUUCCUUCAGGGAUUCACGGAGGGCCAAGAAGCAGAAACGGUGGUGGUCCUUCGAGUUUGGUGCAGAGAUGGAAGUCUGGAGGAAGCUGUGAUUGCUCCGGAUGGGACUUGGGUUGUCCCUUGACCGUCUUUAAAGGCCAGGCUCGUAAAGACCAAAGUGAAGGUCGUCAAUGCAAUCUUUUUGAGCUCUUCUCAGAGGGAUCAAAGCAGGGGAUUCCUGGACUGAGGAUCAUGAGUGUAAGAGACGGUCUUUACUUUGUUCAGUUUCAAGCAAACAUAUCUGUUUUGCAAUCUUUUUCAAUAGCUUUGGCAUACGUUCAUUGCCAGAGCCAGAGACUCAGGCCAUGGUCGUCUGGGAAGUGUUUAUAGAGAAGCUUAACUUAGCUAAAGAGAGAGGACCCACACAAAAGUAAAAAAAAAAAUAGGCAAAACUCAUAUCUUUUUGUUGUUUAUUCGUUUCUACAUUUAGUAUUUUUUUUAUACAAAGUCUCUGUACUUGAAAAUUUGAAAUCAUAUGUAAGUUUUGUAUUGUUUGCUUUGGUUUUGGUAUUUUAAAGGGUGGUAUGAAAUGUAAAUUUUGACUUUGGAUUUUGACAUUUAUGAUAUGUUCCUUUUUAGACUUA